ACCCUUCCGAACCCUCAACCAAGUACUCCUUACUCUGCAACAUAUCAAACACGUCCGGCGGUGCCACCGCCACCGCAUACGCCACCGCGCCCUGCUCU